UAUUGUUAAGUCUCUGAAAUAAUUGUCAAACCAAUAAAAAAUAUUCUUAAAUUUGAGCAAAAACAAUUGCAUAUACACCCUUACACAUAUAUUUUGUAACAUGGAUAAAGAAGUGGAGAACAACGAAAACAAUUUUGAUUCAAUUUCUUCAGGCAAUGCUAGUCAAGAAAUUGCAUCCAUUGCUCAAGAUGUUGUGGAAGAAAAUUCAUCGUAUUCCUUUAUGGACUUAGCCAACAAUACAUUUAGGCAAUUGUCUCAGAAUUUGGAAUGUGAACAAAUGAAAUUAAUGGAUUUAGAAGCAAAGCGCCAGAAACUGCAGGAGGAAAUGCUUCUUUUAAAACGCGAAGUUGAAAAUGAAUUGGAAAUGUAUCGAGCAAAUAUAGCACAAUCGGUUGCGGACAAUUUAAAAACUCUUAGUAGUAAUGAAAAUAAAAUUGAGGAAAACUCUAUCAGAUAUAAUGAAAAUAAUACAAAAAUUGCAUGUAACGUUGAAGAAGUUAUUGAUGAGAAACCAAACCAUGAUGCACCAUUGAUGAAUGAACAAACUGAUCCCAUAAAUAUUAAACUCCCAAAUAUCCUCGAACAACCUUUUUUGGAACAAAACGAAGAUGAUGCCAAAUAAAUGCCAAACUCAAGCAAUUUCAAAUUAAAAGAAAAUAACAUUUCUUAUACAUAUAGCAAAUUUAUAUUUUAUACUGUGACAAAUUUUUUAAAUACAUCAACAUGUAAUAAUUUA